AUGCGGCCAUCCAAGUCGAUCGGAACAGAUGAUAGCCUGGGUGUGUGUAACAGCGCGUGUUUCCCAUCGAGGUCCAAGAUCCUUCAACGUGUGCCCGGAAUUGCUGGGCGAAUCGAUGUUAUAUCAGCUAAUUCCCAACUCUGUCCCAUUGACAAUGCCGGCCGGCCGAAAGCUCAUCACAGUAAAUAUUGUGCUCCGGAAACGCUACGUCGAAUUGAUGCAAUCGAUCGGUUGUGGGUUGGCUUGAAUGAAAACGGAAGCGUGGGGGGGAGGGGGCUGACUGGAAGGCUAACGGGGUAUAUAAGACCUGACGAGGCCAUCGAUUCCUUGGAGUUAAUCUUCCCACCAACAUCUCCAUCCGUCGAGCUUGCCAUCAUGCUCUCUUCCUCUCAUCACUGUACCCUUCUUACUAUGGUACUCGCUGGAGCCUGGUUAGCCCCUACUUCCCUCGCAGUGAGCUGCGACUACGAUGUAGUCGAUAGGAAACAAUGCGCGCAGGCGGUCUCACAGAUCGUUUACGACCAACCAAAGAAUGUCCUUGACAGAGUCUCGUCCAGGUUUGCGAAGCUAUCUGGUAAUUGCACCAUAAGCGUUUUAAACCCAAAUAAGGACGUGGUGACCAAGCAGCAAAUUGAGGCAGGCUUUACCAGCAUUUUCGACAAAUGUCAACCCUGGACGGGUCAAUCUCCGUUAUUCAACUCGGUCUAUCUCCAAGUUCAAGACCAUCAAUCGGGCCAUGAUACGGACUAUUUUGCUCCUGAAAAAUUGACUUGUGGUCUCAACUCCAACGCACCAUUGACACUUGACAAAGAUUGUCAGACUGCGUUUAAAAGUAUCCCCGUUGAUAACAAGGGUCGUAUGUUGGGUGACAAGGGCCAACCGACGUCGUCCAUAUUGAAGACUUUAAACACGUGCACAGUACACAUCUACACAACUGAUGACUCCCCACUUAUCGCUAAAAAGAGCGAGAUCGGUUCAGUGGUAUCGAAGACAAUCAAAGAAUGCCAAGGAAAAUCGGGCGUUAUAGGUUUAACGAAGGGCGGGGGCGGUAACAAUGGGCUCACUGUAAUCAAAGUGAGGAGCAGCAAACGCUGCGGUAGUAAAACUGAUUCUGAAGGCCAAUUUUGUUUUUGA